AAAAAAAAUAAUAAUAAUAAUAAAACAGAAAAUUAGUGAUUUUAUUCCAUUAAAAUAAUAUUUUGAAUAUUUCUAUUAUUUAUUCAAAUACUACCUAUGAAAAUAUAUUAUAUUAACAGUAUUACUAUCAUAGUUCAUAAAAUUAAAGUGAAAAAUAAAAAAACACAUGCAUAUAACAAUGGACACAGAGCGUACCUAUAGCGAUCACAAAUUAUACAAACAACUGAAUGGGAGCAUGACAGUAUAAUUACUUUUUCUUCGCUGUUUGGGUGUUUAAUAAAUAUAUAAUCAUACCGUACAACAUUUAACGAUGAAACAGUUUCGAAGUUUCGCCUUCAGUCAGAAUCAUGAAGACUCAUGUUAUCAUUGCCAUUUAUUUAUCUUGCUUCAGUAUGUCCAGUGUGCGGACUAAUGUCGUUGACAUUAAUUCAAUACCAAUGACGCUUUACAAUGCUACCGCUUAUAUUAUGAGACACCAAAGAAAUCUUGACAUAGAAUUUAUCAAGUCUACUGGUAAUGAAGUGGAUAUGAAUAUUAGCGAAAGCGUUGAGACUGAUAAAAGUCCUUUAGUGCUGACUACUGAAGUAUGCAACCCAUCAAAGUGUCAAGCAGGCAAAAUGCAAGGACUUUGCGUUACAGCUGAAACUUGUUUUGAAAAAGGGGGCCAAAGUGGGAUCCCGUGUGAUGGGUCGAAUAAUCUUAUUUGCUGUACAUAUUUAUUGAUGUGCGGAGACGUGUCCGGUGAAAAAAUUACAUACUUACAGUCACCUGAAAAUAUCAAAAUGGACACGGGUAGUUUGGCUUGUGAUUACGAUAUUAUCAUACAAAAAGACACAUGUGGGAUUCGUGUGGAAUACGAGCACGUGAACUUGGCCCGCAAAAUUGGUGGGGUAUGCGAUAUUGACCAACUUUAUAUACUGAAUUCAAACGACGGUCCAACAACAGGUCAAUGUGGGCCACUGACCGGCUAUAGCACUGUGGUAGCAGUUAAACCAAGUCAAGAAAAACCUUUGAAAAUCGCUUUAAUCGUUCAAAGCGAACCAACCAAUUUUUGGUUAAUAAAAAUAUCCCAAAUUGGAUGCUCUGAGAUUCAGCAAUUCAAAGAAAACGUGGAUUGCGGUUUGUCUAGUGACGACUCUUCGCAUUUUACUCCAUCGUCCAUAAGUCGUUCUGGCGACGAAGAUACUAGUGGUAUAAAUAGUGAUGCUCGGUUUAAACGAACGGCAAAGCGCAAUGCUGAUUUCGGCAAAGUCUGGUGGAGUUAUCCUGAACCUAUUUUGAACACUUAUUAUUACCGGAGUACAAAAGCCCAUUUGCGACAAGAAUACAGCGGAAUGGCAGUCGACAGUGCUAUUCCUAUUAGCCAAAAUCGAAGAAUCAUCGGUGGAAUGGAUGCAGAGGUAGGCGAAUAUCCUUGGCUCGCAGCUAUUGCUAUGGAUGGUCUUUUCUUUUGCGGCGGUGCUUUGAUCAAUGACAGAUACGUUCUCACCGCUGCUCAUUGUAUAAUGACGAGAGACACGCCCAUUGACAGCCUCAUGGUUCAUUUGGGUGAUAAUGACUUGACUACAGACAAUGAAACAGAACAUCAAGUAAGAUCUGUUUCUCAGGUUAUAUUUCAUUCACACUUCCAUCCAUUUCUGUUGGCUAAUGAUAUUGCGCUGCUUCGACUCAACAUCCCCGCCAAUUUAAAUAACAAUGUGCAACCUGUGUGCUUGCCUUCUGGAAAUGGAGGAGACUCAUUGGUUGGUCAAAAGAGUUCAGUAAUCGGAUGGGGAAUUACUUCAUUUCCCAUGGGUGAUCCUAGUCCAAUACUCCAAAAGCUUACCGUUGAAGUACUGUCAAAUUUUCAAUGUGCUCGGCUGAUCGGCGAUCACGUGGGAUUAGGUAUGCUUUGUGCAGCGGCUCCUUCUCUACAAGGAACAUGCUUUGGUGACAGUGGUGGUCCUUUGACUUUUCAACGGGACACAGGUCAAAACGUUCUCAUCGGUGUGGUGAGUUACGGUGUCACUGGUUGUGCUAUUAGACCAGCUUUCCCAGAUCUUUAUACGAGAAUAUCAGAAUACAUCAAGUGGAUUGAUGUAAGUUUAUCGGUUUAACAUUUAUUAUGAUCUGAGACAAACAUAAUUUAAUUUAUCAAGUCAUUAAAUGUUACAAAUGUGUAUGAUAAAAUAAUCGUAAAAAUCAAAAAUUUUAUUAAAUGUAUAAUUUAUCUGAAACUUACAUGUCUAUAUUCCGUAAUGAAAUUUAUAUACAAAUAAACCAUAUCACUACUGUGAAUACAUAG